AUGAUGUGUGCUGUUGUUCUCCUCCUGGUCAUCUUAACAGAUGGGGUGUGCUGUAAAGUGUGCAGUUACCAGGAUGUUUUGGAUUAUCUGAACCUGACUGCGGAUAACAGUGUGUUUAAACUGACUCGGCCUGUUCUGGACCACACACAUACCACGGUGGUAAAGUUGGAUAUCAUCCUUUAUGCUAUCCUGUCUGUGGUUGAGAAAACUCAAACCUUUGUUCCUUUUAUCUGGGCCUCAGCGCAGUGGAAAGAUGAACGGAUCUCGUGGGACCCGGCUCAGUUUUGUGGAAUCAAUAUGGUUUCAAUUCCUAAAGACCUGAUCUGGAAACCGGACCUCUUCAUCUAUGAGAUGAUAAAUAAGGACGACUCACCUAAGAAUCCAUACAUGUUCAUAUCUUAUGAUGGGACAGUCUUUUGUGAUGAGGACAUGAAAGUGGUCAGCACCUGCGAGAUGGACAUCCACAAGUUCCCCUUUGACACACAGGAGUGCACAAUAUCCAUCGGUUCUGCAAUACACUGUGUGGAGGAAAUUCGGCUCUUUCCUUUCUCGAACUCCUCUCGGGCCACACAGUUUUCUCGAGAGGUGAUGAAGACGCAGGGAGAGUGGGAGUUCCUGCAAAUCUCCGUCAACAACUUCAAUGUCAGCUUUGAAGACAAAACAUGGGAACAACUCAGAUACACUAUCUCCAUAAAGAGGAGACCCCUCCUCCAUGUCAUCAAUUUCCUGUUGCCUAUCUUGUUCUUCCUAAGUCUGGAUCUUGCCUCCUUCUUCAUCGCUGACAGUCGAGGGGAGAAGCUGGGUUUCAAAGUCACUGUGCUGUUGGCCAUCUCUGUUCUUCUGCUCAUCCUGAAUGACAUCCUGCCCUCCAUGUCCAACAAGACUCCACUCAUAGCAACAUACUGCAUAGUGAUCUUUGCUUUGAUGCUGCUCAGUCUUUUGGAGACUAUCUUGGUUAUGCAUCUGAUGGAAAAGAACUCCCAAUAUCAGUUCAGCUUGUGGGACAACCAUGGGGACAACCAUGGGGACAAACAUGAAGAAGUUAAUACUGAGAACUUUAACACAGAGGAUGAAAAACAAAUAUGUUGCUCCUGCAUCUGCAAAGCCAGCAAGAAGCAGCAUGAGCUCCUGCCUGUUGUUGAAGAGGUGAACAACAGCUGUCAGCUGGGAGAGUCUCAUGUGCUGCUGUUGAUCCUGGAUGAGCUGAAGAAGCUGCUGAAAAUGGUGAAACUACACUUCAUCUGCAGAGAGGAGGGAGUGAAGUCUGUGCACUGGGCCAAAAGAAUCAACAGAGUUUUCUUUAUUUUUUAUAGCAUCACUGUUUUGCUCUUUUUAUCUCUCAUCUUCAUUGAAUGGAAUUCGUAAAAAUGUAAAAUAAUUACUUGUAUUUUUUGUGUGCUUAA